AUGGUCUCAGCCAAAACCCUCCUCCUCGCAGCUUCUGCUGUCGCUGGAGUUUUCUCAGCACCGGCUGCAGCACCUGUCAGCGACAAUCUAAACUUCUUGGAGCGUAGAUCGUUGACUUCCUCCGCGACCGGUACUAGCGGUGGUUAUUACUACUCCUUCUGGACUGAUGGAAGCGGUUCUGUCACGUACUCUAACGGAGCUGGUGGUGAAUAUGCCGUUAAUUGGACUGGAAACAAGGGCAACUUUGUCGCUGGUAAGGGAUGGGCUGUCGGUGCUGAACGCGAUAUAACCUUCACCGGCUCCUACACGCCCAACGGCAACUCGUACCUCUCCAUCUACGGUUGGACCACCUCCCCCCUCAUCGAAUACUACAUCGUAGAAGACUUCGGCACCUACGACCCUUCGUCCGCCGCCACCGAAAUAGGCACCGUCACCUCCGACGGCUCCACAUACAAGAUUUUGGAAACAACUCGCACCAAUCAGCCAUCGGUGCAGGGCACGGCGACCUUUAAACAAUACUGGUCUGUGCGGACGAGUAAGCGGAAGAGUGGAACGGUGACGACGGCAAAUCAUUUUGCGGCGUGGAAGAAGUUGGGGUUGGAGUUGGGGAACGACUUCAAUUAUCAGAUUGUGGCGACGGAGGGGUAUCAGAGUAGUGGGGAGGCGGCUAUUACAGUUUCUUAG